CUCGCAACGGCUUCAAUGCCCGCACAAGCCGUUCAACCUUCAACCACUUCCUUCUUUAACUUCUCCCUCUUCUUCUUCUUUAAAUCCUCCACUACAGAUCGGCGCUUCGAAAUCUUCCCGGCGACCAGACCAAUUGAGCCACCUCAACCUCAUUCCUCCAUUAUCUUCUUCGUCAGCUCAGGCAUAUAUAUAUAUAUAUGUAUGGCCGCCGCGGAUGGGUUUUUCAGGGGUGUGUACGAAGGAUGUAUUUCCGGGCACGAUAACGACGUGCAACGGCGGCCGUACCACCGGAACUGUGGCUGCGCAAUACACGAUAAGUCAUCGUCGCCGAAAGCGAGGUGUAGCCACAGGGGAAAGAGUAACAAUGUGUCGUAUCCUUUAAGGAGGGCUUGGAGUGAGAGCUGCUUGGCCAUGGCUGCUUCUGCUUCUUCUGCUUCUGCUCAUUCGUCUCCUUCUCCUUCUUCUUCUCCUGUUGCCGCUGCUACCACUCUCGGAAAGUGUAGUCGGCCUCUUCAUCAUCAUCAAAUGGGAUUGACUGAUCUCCAAGAGGAAGAUUAAUUCAUUGAAGUGAUAUUACUUUACAUGAUGUUAUUGAAGGUUUGAAGAAAAACGAUAUAUAUAUAUAUAUAUAUAUAUAAUAUUACUUUUUUGAUAUAUAGAA